GAGGGGGGCGAGGCUCUCAGGAAAAGGGAAAUGAAGGAGUAAGCAAGAUUGUGCCUGCAAACAGACUCACUCUCACAGAGUGCAGCUAACAUUUCCAGCGGACAGACAUGGUUGCAGAGAAACUGGAGGAGGAAACAAGGAGCGAGUGAGGAAAACAACAAGCCAUCAGCAGCCAACCUUGGCCACAUUAUCUUUCUCAUCUAUAUACGGAAAUCACUCGGUAAUUUAUAAGCCUCUCACUCUGUGUGUGUGUGUGUGUGUGAGUGAGAGGAGGGGGGGGGAUCUGCUAAGCUCACCACCAUCAUGCUGUGUCCUGCUGCUGUCAGUGCAGCUGCUGCGGCUGUCUGCCUGCUGGCAGUGCUGGGCCUAGGCCUGUCUCUCCCAGCUGAGGACAACUCGGAGGCAGACUUCACCCUCUGCAGCAACUGCUUCUACAGACAGACGCCUCCUCGGGGAUCCUCUGCAGGGCCGCUGCUGCGCCCACGCUGCCACAGGCUGCCGGGAGGGCAGACGUUUGCCACUCUGUCUAGACCGACCUGUGACACAGCUGUCUACUCUGCCUUCCAUCUCCUCCAGGGAUGGACUGAGAGGGAGGGAGAGGAGGGGAGAGAACCUGUGACAGAGCAGGAAGAAGACAUUAAAGUGGCAGCACCAGCUCUUCUCAGAGGAGGUGUGGAUCCAUCUCAUUCUGUCUCGCCCACAGACUCCCCUUUUCACCACUGGGAUUCAACAGUCACAACACUGGUCCAGUCAAGCGUGUCUCCCCAGUGCAGCACUGUAGGGGGUGAUCUCUACAUCCUUACUGGAGCGGGAGGACUCGGGGCUGCUGAGGAUGGAGACAAGGAGUGUCAGACGAAGCCGCUGUGGUCUGCGGCGUGCUGUGCUGUCCCGCAGGGGAAGGGUGGCUUCAGCAUUGGGUUAAUCAGAGAGACGCAGGAAGGGGUGAGGCAAGUGAGCGUGAAGGAGCUGGAAGACAUGCUAGGAUUGGCAGAAAUGUUCUCUGAAGGCUGCGGAGGAGGAGAUGGGAAAAGUGUCGGAGUUGGUCUCCACAGUGAGGGACUUCCUGGAAAUACAGAUGUGCAGACAGAGAUUCUGGAAAGCCGAGAGGAGUCGAUAACUAAAGAACAGGCAGCUAAUUCUCAGUCAGGGAAAGCUGAUGGUGCUGACGCCAUGCAGGAGACUUCAGCAGAUGCAGCAACUUCUGAGAGCAGCAGUAAUGAACAGGGUGAUGUGACACGUUCAGGAGCUGUCAGGUCAGACUCCGAGUCCUCAGCUGAACAUGAAACUGCUGAAGAGACGGACACAAACUCCACCAGCACUCUGGUCUCCAUCCUCUCCACCACCUUCUCCAUCUUCAAGUUUCCUCUGCGUCCUGUAUUCUCUACAAUCACACAACUACCUGGACAGGUCACCUAUGUUCUCCAGGAAGACCUCGGAGUUCUCUCUACCCUGCCUGGAGAGACCUUCACCCUGUUCCAUCUUCUGACCUCUGACCUCCUCUCCUGGAUGGGCACAGCAGGAGAAAUGCUGCUAGGUAUUGGGGAGACCUGCUUCUGUAGUGUUUAUUACUGCACCUCCUCUAUGAUGGGGGAACUGCUGAGCAGCUGCCACAUUGGGGUCACUGGUCUGGGCACCCUAGCUGGAGACACGGUGGGGGUAUUUGGUGAUGCUUUGGAUAAUGCUUGGUCGGUGACCAAGUUCUUUGGAGGGCGGCUGUGGGAGCACAGUGAGGGUUAUGUGGGAACAGUGAUGUCAGAGAUGGGAGGUCAAGCACAAGCUGUAGGAGGAGGUUUUGGGAGACUGGUAUGGAGAAGUGGGAAGGGAGUGGUCAAUGUGUUCAGGCUGGGUGGAGGGGUUAUAUUUGGAAUGGUUGAUGUAGUCUUUGGGGGUGUAAGAGAGGCCUUUGGGCAGGAGUCGAAUGAAGAAUGAAAGAAAAAAAUAAGACUCAAGAUGACACCUUUAAUAAACUUUUUUUCCCUGAAGUUUCAGUUUUGGUUUGUAAAUUUCUUCCAGAUAUGAACGUGUGAAAAACUAAUUAAAGAUGAUGUAAUUUGAUAUGCCUUAGUUGUUACAGAUGGUUUGCUGGAUUUAUUUUUGAAGUAAAAUAGUGAUGGAGUAAAUUUCCCUGCAUUUCUUACACUGUAGAUCUUACAAUUCACUGUGGAAAACUGGCUGCCAAAUAGUCUGCUGUACUUGAGAGCUUAACCAACUGUGAUUUGAAUAACACUGUGCACACUCUGCUGUUGGAUGUAAUUACUCAAGACAACUUGUGUGAUAACUGUCACAUCUGUAAAUCUGAAUAAAAGAGUAUGCUGGGUUACUAACAUGA